CUUGCAAAACAGGUCAUUUCUUAAAUCCUUCAUAAAUCCUGUCGACUACUGUCUACUUACCGAUAUGAGCAAAUACACAUAAAAACUACACAUAGAAACAUCGGAAAUCAUUUUGGCAGACGAUCACUUUUGGCACAACAGAUCGCGGUCGUUUUGAAACUAGCCCGGAUACCCCGGCGUGUACUGAGGCGUAUUUGGUGCACGCUAAAACAAAUUACCCCCUGUAAUCACUAAUCAUUUCUAAACGAAGAGUCCUCGUUUUCUGCAUUUCGUGCUGUGCUAACGCCGGUACACAGUGUUGGUUUUUGUGUAUUCGCUGUAUAGGAGCUGCUCUUUGUGCGCUCAGCGUGGAAUCAGUGUUGCACUUAAGCCAGGAUGAGCGAAACGACAGAGAAGGACCUUUAUGCUGUCCUGGGAGCAAGUCCGUCAGACCCAGUCCAGGAGCUCAGACGCCGGUACCAGCAGCUGGCCUUACAGUACCACCCAGAUCGUCUUGGAAAUGAGUGUUCUUCGGAAGCAGAGUCAGGUGUGAAGAAGUUUCUAGAAGUAGAUGCUGCAUGGAGGCUCCUUAGUGACCAAAGCACUAGGAGACAGUAUGAUUUGCAGAGGAGAGCACGGGAACUGAAACAGGAUUGGCCAGUAGAUUCUACAGUCUGCCUGGAUGACAUGACCUGGGAUGAGGAUGACUGUGUUUAUACGCACUCCUGCCGCUGUGGAGGACGAUUCAGCAUCACUGAGGAGGAGCUCGAAGAGGAGACGCAGAGGAAGCAGGAAGAUGUUGGUGAAAAGGAAAAAGAAGAAGAACAACACAGAGAAGCAGUUGUUUGCUGUGAUACGUGUUCCCUCAGUGUUUACGUGAUAAAGGACGUCAAAUCUUAAAAUGCCAAAAAUGUUAAUAAUAGUUUUUCAUAAUUUUCAUUGUAUCGUUAACAUUUUCCUUCUUGGAGGAGCGCACCAAUUCAAGAAAGCAUAGUGUGGGCUGGUGGGAAUGGAUGCUGGGAGUUCCUGAGAUUUACAAUAAGGUGUUUGUUUUUGGGCAAUGACAAUUUUUGUUGUUCACAAGAACAAGUCAGUUAUGGAAUGAAUACUGCUUCAAGCUCAGACCCUCCACUCUCAAAAGUACUGCUUUAUCCACAAGCGUUUCUUAUACAGUCACCUGUUUUCAGUGGCUCAAAUGUAAUUGGACAAAUAGACACUAAAGUCAACACCCUACAAUGUUGUAGCAAGAAGCACAACAAUCAGAUGAUUCCCAAUAAGCAGCAUUUGGCACACACUCUGACAGAAGCAGGCUCAUGGAGGGGCACUCUGCUGCAGUGACCGGUUGGUGAUUGAGGGAAAGAGAAGAGGGAAAAGAGGCUGCAGCCUAAAAAUGUAUAAUAUAUAACAAAUUAUCAUUAUUAUUAUCUGUUGGGUAGAUUUGUUUGCAAUGUUUUGUUAAUUUGUUUUUGUGUUAAAUAAAAGUAAAAGUAAGAAUGCCUGCUUUCAUAAUAGAACAAAUACAUAAAAUCUAGCAAGUAAAAGGCUUCUCAUAUAGGGAACACUGAAUCAGAAGGAUUAUCUUACAAAACAUUCAUAUAUGCCAAGUAAGGCUAAAAUAUAUGAGGCUGCACACACACAGUUGUUUUAAUGCUGCUGAAAAAACUGUUUUUA